AUGGAGCUAACAAAAAAAGAAGAAGAAUUCAUGGAGAAGGCCUUUGAUUAUGCGAAACAGGCCUUAGCGAACCAAGAAGUGCCGGUCGGUUGUAUUUUCGUACUUGACAAUGAUAUUCUCGCGGUGGGACGUAAUGAAGUGAACGAAACAAAAAACGCAACAAGACACGCGGAAAUGGUUUGUAUCGAUCAAAUUGUAGAUAAGGGAAAUUCGCGAGACAUUUUUCGGAAAAUUGACGUUUUUGUUACGGUAGAACCGUGUAUAAUGUGCGCGGCCGCUCUGUACAAUUUGAAAGUGCACAGUGUGACUUUCGGGUGUAAAAACGACCGGUUUGGGGGCAGCACGGUGUGUAACGUUGCUGACAUUUUAAAACCCGUAACAGUGGUUAAAGGGGGUUAUAGGGCAGAUGAAGCUAUGCAGCUUUUAAAGGAGUUUUAUAAGGGGCAGAACCCUAAUGCUCCCGAGAGUAAAGUAAAAAAAAAAAAGGAAUGAUGUUAUUUAUUUGUUGUUAUUGAGAGUUUUAUAUUAUUUAAAGGGGCUGAGAUAGGGGUUUCAAAGAUUGGGAUUACAGAAAUCAUGAAUUUUUUAAUUGGUGGAGCAGUUGCUCCUGAAUAAUGUUUAUCACAAUUUUUUUAAACUUUUGACUCAGUUCUUUAAGAAUCAGAAUUUAUCUUUUCUUAAUGAUUUUUGUAAUUUAAAUCAUUUAUCUUGGUUUUUAGUAUGUAGGGUGAAUGCGCCUGUUUUCAACCGUUUAACGGUUUUUUGUCUUUAAAAAUUGUGCAGCCCAACCGUCUUGACGAAUAUGUCAAUCAAGUUUUGUUCUUGAUGAUAUAAUAGUAUUUAGUAAUUGCUUUUUUUUUGAAAAUAAGUAUGACUAUGCCCAAAAAUUUACAAAUAACAGAAAAAUACAAAAUACGCACUUUUGCCGGUUUUCGAACACCCGGAAUCGUUGUCGGCCAAAAUUCUACCCGUUUUCGACCAAUACGUUCUAUUUUCGUCCACAUGUCUUACCGUUUUUCGGCCAUUGAGUUUUUUUACUUAUAAGUUCUUAUAUUUUAUAAUAAAACUAUUAUUUAUACCUAUUUAUUAGAAAAAAAAACGGUUUUGCUUAAAUCUGUAUAAUAUAUUAAUUAGAUAAUCUGUUUAUCAAAAAUAGAUUUUUCUUAUUUAGAUGCUUGAAAAGUAAUAGCUAAUUAUUAAGGGCUUUUUAACAUUAACCAAGCAUCAAUAUAAAAAAUUUACACAUUAAAACAGUAACAAAAAAUAAAUAAAUAAAAGCAACAAAUUAUACCUUAAAAUGUGGCAGGAACUAAAAUUGUUAUUCCAUGAAUUUUUGGUAAAAAAGGAACAAAAAAAAUGAAGCUAUAAAAGAGUGCAAGCAGAGAAACUAAGAGCAACAAAAACAAAUAUAAUCUUUUGAUGCUGCUUCAAUGUACGUCAUUCCAAUAAACUCUGUGCCUCGCAAGUGAAACCAAUUUGUGCACUUAUCACAUCUAAUGUUCUUUUCCUCGUCUAUUUCUGUGUCGCUUACAAAAUCUUCAUUACAAGUAAUACAUUUUGUUUUUUCCUUCCUUUCAGCCCCUUCGUGAGUGCUGUCUUGAACAUUGUCUGCCUUUUUAACAUUUCUUUUAUUGUAUCUUUGUCUGGCGGUCGUUCUAACAUUGAUUUUCUUUUUUUCUGUUAUUCGAAGUUUUUGGGCAGACAUUCUAUUCUGUUUUCUUUUUUCAAUUUCCUCUGCCUUUCACUAUCAUUUUCCUCGUAAUGUCUUCUCCAUGCUACAGACGAAAUAGCGCUUGGUAAUUUUUCAUUGCUGCUGACUUUCUUUUUAUAUGUCACAGGUUCUGGAUACAUCAAAUGACGAAGAAACGAGCCUUGAUUUGAUCAUGAGAUUGGUUAGUUUCUAAAAGGGAUUCUCGUAUUAAUUCUUCACUAGAUUGGUGUUGCAAAACUGUUUCCUUUUCAGCGUGGACGUUGGUACUGUUUCCGGUGUUACCUCCCGGGACUCUACGUUUAAGUCAGUAUCUAAUACAAAAGUAUAUUAAAUAACAAUAAGAAUAGUAAUAGUAGCAAGCUUUUUACAAACCUGUUUUAUUUUCAUCAUACAAAGUUGAUGAUGACGUUUCAGUUAAAGUCUCCCCUGAUUCUUCUACGUUGAGCUCGGUAUUUGUGUUCGUUUCAUUAUGAGAACAUGAUGUUUCAGGUGUAAUCUCCCAAGCUUCUACGUUAAGCUUAGUAUCUAAUAAGACAGAAAAAAGAAUAUAACGUAAUAAUACAAAACGUAAGUAGCUUUUCACAAACCUGUGUCCUUCUCAUUAUGAUAGGAAGUUGAUGAAAGUAUCUCAGGUAUCACCUGCUGAUGAGACUCUAUGUUGAACUCUGUAUCUGUUUCCUCAUCAGAAGUUUUUUGAGGCAUGAUAUCCCUGGGUUUGAUGUAUAGAACUCUUUAUCUUUAUCGUUUAUGGGCAUACAGAUAAUAUUCUGUACAGGAAUGAUGUCAAUAUUAUCCAUGUUAACAUAUGUUCCAGUUAUAUUAUCUGGAACGACGUCUGUAAUGUGAGGAAGAGGGUCUUGUAAUGUUUGUUGGUGAGUCACAACAAUGUCAUUCGACAGGGUCACAUCUGUAGAAGGAAUACUUAGCUCCAGAAUUUUAAUCUCUUCCAUAAUUACAUCAACGUUAAUACCGUAACUAACUAAUUUUUCGCGAAUUGCUUCCAAAACCUGUUUGGAACCUUUAAUAUUGUCGGAAGAUAGUGAUGGUUCUACUAAAUCCUGCGUAGUUCUAUCAGUAUUGUGAUUCUCCAAAGUGUUUCUUACACACUUCGUGUAAUCAACAUUGUUCGGGUUUAACGGAAAAAGGCCACACUUGCGGAAACAAUUGAUGAUAUACUGGGUCAUAUUAAUAUUAUUAAGACAUUCCUGAAACACUUGGCAGAAAUUUAAUUUUGUUAUUGAAGAAUUAAUUUUUCCGGUCGAUUUUGCCACUUUCUGACCGUAGGUUUCCACUCUGUCUUCAUGGGCUUAAAGACGCUGACAUCUGCGGGUUGCAAGAUGUGUGUGGUAUUGGGUGGAAGCCCAUAAAGUAUGAUGUCAUUUUGCUCACAGAAUUCACUGAGAGCCAUGGUCAUAUGGGAUCGGUGACCAUCUAUAAAAAGGAUGAUAGGCUUUUUUAUCUCAUUUUCUAAUAACCAUUUGGAAAAGUCGUUUGCUAUGUACUCAUAGAACACGUCCUAUUUCAUCCAUCCUGAAUCGGAUCGACCCAAUACCCAGUUUUUUGGCAUAGUUUCUACUAACUGCCUGGGUGGCCUUAGGUAAGGGAAUACUAUUAAAGGCGGACAAAGAUUCCCGAUUGCACUGAAAACGAUUAGUACCGAAAGGUUUUCUUUUUCUUGUCCUUUUUUAAUUUGGUAGAGAUUUUUCCAGCCUCUUGGUGCCAAGACUUUGCCGGUCUCGGGGCACAUAGAAAAACCCGAUUCGUCGCCGUUAAAAACACGUCAAAUAUUUCUAAAUAAUUAUGAUCAUUAAAAAAAUGCAUUAGUUCUCUAAACCACAACCUUAUGGAUUCCUCAGUAAUUACAGCUCUUGCUUUGUUUAUUGAUUCGGCUUCCCGCAAUGAAAUUUCUGGGUAACGCCUUAAAAAAUUAGCAUACAUCGUUGUUUUUUCCAAUCCUUAAUAAUGCAUUCGACGGUAGCCAUAAGAUCAGAUUUUUUUAUGGGAAAAUUACAUUUUGCCAUAGUUAAAAUCCAUUCAACAAUUUUUUUUUCUACUGCGAUAGAUAGAAGUGGUUCCGGUCCAGUUUUUCUGGAAAUUUUUCCUUUAAGAUGAUCUUGAAUUGUACUUCUAGGAACUUCAUAUCGUCUACUUGCUUCCCUAACUCUUAAAAAUAUAAUAUAGGGCUGGGAUGCUUAGUCGAAAACUAGUUUGUCAAUAUUAUCAUACCUAAUAUCUGAAAUUAGCCUUAUUUGUUGCAAAUUUAUUGAUAAAUGGCCGAAAAAUGGUUGUGGCCGGCUAACCGGCACAAUCACCCUAUGUGUAACUGUAUACACAAAAUCAGGUUACUACAACACGCACUAAUUUAAUAAAUUUUUUCCCUCAUAUUUUAUGUUUAAUGAAAGUGUUAUUUUAUUAAAAAUUUUCACCUAAA